CGUCGUCCUUUUCAAAGGCAUUUAAUACAUGUAUUAAAUAAACUAAAUGUAUUUUAUGGCAACACUUUCUUAAAUACCGGUGUUGAUUUCGUUUCUUCGUGCGGGAGUGUUUUGCAUUGCUCAGAUCAUCUAAGAUAUCCUGUCAUGCCUAUCUGUAGUUCCAACUAUGAAUGCAAAGCCCAAAUUCUAACAGAUGGAGGUGCCAAGUUGUCAAAAUAUGUAUCGAAGAACAGUGGAAUGUCCAUUUGCAUCGCUGAAGCAAACGGACCUCUCGUUGGCGGUUAUUUAUGCUUCGGAACUGAAGCCCAUGACGAUGAUGGACUUCCUCAUACUCUUGAGCAUCUGGUGUUCAUGGGGAGUGAGAAAUACCCUUACAAGGGUGUCCUCGAUUUGGUUGCCAAUCGCUGUCUUGCUCAAGGCACUAAUGCAUGGACCGACACAGACCACACGUGUUACACAAUGUCUACUGCAGGCGACGAAGGAUUCUUGAAACUCCUUCCGAUCUAUUUGGAUCACUUGCUGUAUCCCACUCUUACGGACUCGGCAUUUGUGACAGAAGUGCACCACAUCAAUGGCGAGGGCGAAGAUGCCGGUGUUGUAUACUGUGAGAUGCAGGCGAGAGAGAAUUCAGGAGAGAGCCGCUGCCACUUGGCUAUGCUGCGUUCAAUGUAUCCAGGAAAAUGCGGCUACAAGUCGGAAACUGGGGGACUCAUGAAAAACCUACGAGAAAGUACGACCAAUGAAAAGGUUCAUGCUUAUCACAAAGAGUUUUAUAGACCAGAGAAUUUAUCUGUCAUAAUUGUUGGUCAUAUAGAAGCCGAUAAAGUGUUUGAAGCAUUGAAACCCGUUGAAGAUAGAAUUAUGCAAGAGAUUGAUAGGCCACCAUUUGAGCGACCUUGGCAAUCUCCUGUUCCUGAAUUACCCGAGUCUGUUAUUUUGAAUAUUGAUUACCCUUGUGAUGAUGAUGAGUAUGGUUUGGUGUUAGCAGGUUGGCGUGGACCAACAGCAAAUGACUAUUCUCAAUUAAUAUCAAUUCAAGUUUUAAUGGAUUAUUUCACGGACACUUCUGUAUCUCCUCUCAAUCGAGAGUUUGUGGAAAUUGAAGACCAUUUAUGCAAUCAAGUAGAUUACACAGUAAUCGAAAAUCAAGUGUCUUGCAUUUAUCUUCAUUUUUCUAAUGUUCCUGUGAAAAAACUUCCAGAAGUAAAAGAAAAGUUAUUCUCUGUAUUUGAAAAUGUGGCCAAUGGAACAGAAGCAUUGGACAUGGAGCGUAUGAGGACUGUCAUUAAGAAGAAGAAAUUGUACAUACUCAGUCAUAUGGAGAAUAAUCCUCACGAUCAAUUGGCUAGCUGUUUGAUAGGAGACUUCCUUUAUGGUUCAACCUUAGAAGACCUUAAGCAUAGGGUUCAAGAAAUUCCCACCAUUGAAAAUUUGUUGAAAGAAGAUGCUCAGUUUUGGCUUGACUUACUGCAAAAGUAUCUCAUCGAAGGGAAACAUGUGAUAGUUUUAGGGAGCCCUAGUCCAACACUCUCAGAUUCCAUGGCCAAAACCGAAAAACUAAGAAUAGAGGAGCAACAAAAGAAGUUGGGCCCUGCUGGUUUGAAAGAGAAAGCUAAAAUACUGAAAAAAGCUAUGGAAACUAAUGAGGUUUCUCCUCCUAAAGCAGUCAUUCAAUCUGUUUCUGUGCCAUCUGUAAAGUCGAUUAAGUUUCAUCCCAUUAAAAGGUGCUGUAAUGUAUCAGACAACGAAAGUACUGAUGUGGAUUUCAAAAUCAAGAGUAUGCCGUGCAGAUUCCAAUUAGAUGUUAUCAACACCAAUUUCGUGCGAUUUUAUGUACUGCUUGAUACCAGCCAGCUCGCAUCAGAUUUGCGGAUGUAUUUACCCCUUUUUGUUGAUCUACUUGAUGAGUGUGCCAUCAAAAGAAAUGGAGAGGUUAUUCCUUAUCAGGAAGUUGUCAAGCAGUUGGCCGAAGACACAAUCUCCAUAUCAGCUGCUUUAGGUUUGAAUUACAAUAGGUUCUUUUGUUCAAAGUAUGCUCAGUUGGUCAUCUUAGAGUUAAUGGUUGAAGAAGAAAAGUAUCAGAAAUCAAUCCAGUGGGUGCGGGAGAUAUUGUACCAAAUUAUUUUUGAACCUGCCAGAAUCAAGUCCUCUAUCAACAAAAUGAUCUCGGAUGUUGCAGGCAUAAAACGAAAUGGCAGUUGUUUGGUGAAAAUCAUGAUGAAAAAUUUGUGCUACUGCUCAGAAAGUAACCAUUGGGUUGCCAGUGCUUUGCGACAAUGCGCUUUCCUCACUUCUCUGUUGGAGAAAUUCGAGUCUGAUUCUGACGUGAUUGUAUCCAAACUAAAUGAGAUUCGUGACAAAAUUGCCAAGCCGGAUAACAUGGUAAUCCAUCUGGCAGCUAAUAUUGACAACUUGAGGCUAAAGGCAAACCCUGAGGCACCAUGGAUAGAAGAUUUAUUUCCUUCUUCACUUACACCUGAAAUAAUGAAAUCCCAAAUGAAGAAAUGUUGUGAACUCAUACGUUCGGACAGUGGAGAUGAUCAAAAAGGAGUGAUCUGUUCUGUUGGGUCAGUGGAAUCCUGCUACCUCAUGCAGACUGCUCCCUGUGUCCGGUCAUACAAAGAUCCUGAUUAUGCUCCUUUGUUGGUGCUUACACAGUACCUGAAUCAGUUGGAAGGCCCUAUGUGGAGACAAAUUCGAGGCCUUGGACUGGCUUACACUUAUAAUUUGUUCACUGAUCCCGAUUCCGGAUUGAUAUAUUUUGUCUUGUUCAAGUCAACUCAUUUAUUGAAAGCAUACAAGGAGUCAAUAAACAUUAUUGAAUCCCACCUGGAUGGUUCAUGCAAGUGGGAAACUGAGCUCUUAGAAUCUGGAACCAGCAGUUUGAUUUUUGAAGUCAUUGAGAAAAUCAAGACAGUAGCUGAUGUUGCCGAAGAAUCGCUGAAAGCGUAUUAUUGUGAUAUAGAUAUGAAUUAUACUCAAGAACUGUUAGAAAAGAUAUCCCAAGUGACUACAUCCGACAUGGAGCGAGUGGGGAGUAAAUAUUUGAAACCACUCUUUGAUCCGAAAGUCUCUAGGUGUGCGGUGUGCUGCCAUCCUAACAAACAAAAUGAAAUAGUGGAAGGUUUUCAAAAGCUAAACAGAGAGCUGACUGUGGUGCCUUCUUUGGAUGACAGCUUUAUGUCUAAAUAUUAAAUUGUAUUUUGUCACAUUUUAUAAUUUUGUUAAUAAAAUAUUAUUUUAAGCUUG